AUGCCUGCCAGACUGUCUGUCCGUCUGUCUGUAUACACUUUCGAUCUACCUGUUCGUCUGCCGGCCUGUCUAUCACCGCAGUCUGUCCUCUACAAGGUAAGCGACUCCAGUGGCAAACUGAAAGUCGAAGUAAUUAGCCAAAAACCAUUAACCCAGAAUACACUUGACAAACACGAAUGCUUUAUCCUCGACACCGGUUCCGGAAUAUUCGUUUGGGUCGGAAAGGGCGCCUCUCAAAAGGAGAAGACUGAUGCAGCAAAAAAAUACCCGGCCUGGACUCAAUUUCACCGCAUUGUAGAAGGCGCUGAGUCUGCACCAUUUACAGAUGUUGGAAUGGAGCAUAGUCGUCUCAUUAGCUCGGCUUUGGACAUCGGCUCUUAUGAAUCACUAGAUGUCAACCAAAUCGACGCUGUGGUGUCUCAGAUGAAGAAGAGAGGUCGGGCCUUCGGCUUCAUGCCUGAUCAUGGUCAAAACUGUAUUACCCAGUAUGUUACGAAGACGGGCUCUGAUGAAAUCUUGGCCAACACCGUGUCUUUUGAGGAGAGCGUCCCCCUUCAGGGAAUCGCUUCAUACGUUCUCACUUAUAACUAUGAGGACAAAAACGGAGACACUGGUUCCAUAACGUAUGUUUGGCAGGGAAUAAACUCUUCCUCCGCCGCCGAGAAGGGUGCCGUGAAGAUGGGUCUAGAUGUCGCAGAAAAGCAGGAAGGUCUUUUUGUUGUGUUGGUCAACCAUGGCCACCAGCCUCGCCACUUCUAUAAGACAUUUACAGGUCAGUUGAUAACAUCCUACACGGUACUCCCGGUAGCUGCACAACUUUUCCGCAUACAAGGUACCUUAGAAAACGAUGUGCAUGCCAAUGAGGUACCUGCUGAAAGUUUAUCCUUGGCCUUGGCUCUGUAUAUUCAAGCGAAGCCCAAAGCGCGCUGA